AAAGCACUACAACAACUUUCUGCAGUACAACUGGGCAUUUCGAGCUGUCAGGACAUAAUUUUUUUUUUGGAAAUCAAAAUUCUGCAACACUGUUUCAGUAAACUUUUACAAAACAAAAUGCUUUCUACAAAUUCCGCAAGAAAAGAAAACGAGCUGUCAUCAAACCUUGGCAAAAUGAAGAUAAUUGACGAAAAUCAGCCAAAGAAAAAAAUUCUUGGAGAAAUUACGAACUUGCAAAGAAAUACAAACAGUGGAACGAAAAAAAUAGAGUUGCCUAAACCUGAGAAGAAAAAGUCUGAGAAGGAAAUCGAACCACUGUUGAGAGACAAUCCCCAACGAUUUGUCGUUUUACCCAUUCAGUAUCAUGACAUCUGGAAGAUGUACAAGAAAGCAGAGGCAUCAUUCUGGACUGCUGAGGAGGUAGAUCUUUCCAAGGAUUUGACUCAUUGGGAGGCACUGAAGCCCGAGGAAAGACACUUCAUCUCGCAUGUGCUUGCCUUUUUUGCUGCUAGUGAUGGGAUUGUAAAUGAAAAUUUGGUUGAGCGAUUCAGUAAAGAAGUUCAGGUAACAGAGGCCAGAUGUUUUUAUGGAUUUCAAAUAGCUAUGGAGAACAUUCACUCAGAAAUGUACAGUUUACUCAUUGACACAUACAUCAAAGAUCCUAAAGAAAGAGACCAUCUGUUCAAUGCAAUAGAGACAAUGCCAUGUGUGAAGGAGAAGGCUGACUGGGCAUUGCGCUGGAUCAAUGAUGGACAAUCUCCAUAUGGAGAAAGAGUUGUGGCCUUUGCAGCAGUAGAGGGCAUAUUUUUUUCAGGGUCGUUUGCUUCUAUAUUUUGGUUGAAGAAGCGUGGAAUCAUGCCUGGUCUUACAUUCAGUAAUGAACUGAUCAGUCGAGAUGAGGGUCUUCACUGUGACUUUGCUUGUCUGAUGUUCAGCCACUUAGUAAAUAAACCUUCACAGGAAAGAGUCUACCAGAUUAUUGAUGAGGCAGUGAAAAUUGAGCAGCAAUUCCUCACUGAAGCUCUUCCCUGCAGAUUGAUAGGAAUGAAUGGGGAUCUCAUGAAACAGUAUAUAGAGUUUGUUGCUGACAGGCUUCUUCUGGAACUCAAAUGUGAAAAGCUUUACAACAAGGAAAACCCCUUUGACUUCAUGGAACAUAUAUCACUGGAAGGCAAGACAAACUUUUUUGAAAAGCGAGUAGGGGAAUACCAGAAAAUGGGUGUUAUGGGCGGUGGAAGUUCUGAAAGUCAUGCAUUCACUUUAGAUGCCGAUUUCUAAUGAAGUGACCAAAUAGAUGCAUCAUUAGUGCCAACAAACAUUAGAAACCAAGUGUGUUCAUUUCUGAAAAGACAUGAUCUCAGAUACUGUUACAAAUUGAUUCUCGUUUUCUGGCGGAAGAUGUUCAGUGAUUGCCAAAGUUUUUUACUAGGGAGUGUCCUAACAAAAGUUAAUGUGGCAUUACAUACGGAUGUCAGAAAUAGUGCCUAUGUCUACUUUGAUUUUAAUUGUGCAAUUUAAAUGAUCUUAAUUCAUGUUUUACACUAUUUAUUUUUGUAAAUAUUUGCCGUGCCAUGAGAAAAUCAACAUAGUGGGUUUGCGACCAGCAUGGAUCCAGACCAGCCUGCGCAUCCGCGCAGUCUGGUCAGGAUCCAUGCUGUUCGCUAAUGAUUUCUCUAAUUGUAGUAGGCUUUAAAAGCGAACAGCAUGGAUCCUGACCAGACUGCGCAGAUGCGCAGGCUGGUCUGGAUCCAUGCUGGUCGCAAACACACUGUUGGUUUUCUCAUGGCACGGCUCAUUUGGUUUGCCAUUUUUUAAAUCUGAGUAAGUUCCAGAUAAAUUUUAUAUUCAAAAGCAUAAUUUAAAACUUGGGAAAAUUUUAUAUCUUAAAAUUACACACAAGAUUGAGAGGAGUCAAUCUUUUAAAUGCGGGUACAUGUGUUUUAUGUUUAUUUAUUGUAGUUGUAAGUGAACUGGCAUGUUUUAUGAAUGAGUGUUUACUGAACAAUAUCCAUGUGUUUUAAUUGUCUUUUAUAUAAAUAAGUGUUAUAUUAA